AUGAAUUUAAUAGAAAACUCUUUAAAAUUUUAAAAAAAUGAGCAAUUAACUACUUUAUAUGAUUAAUCAGCUUAUGCCAGUUAAAGGUCUCGUUGCCAUAGCUCAUAAUAUAAUAAUAGCUAGAUGAAAAGAAUAGAACAAGAAUCAAAUUGUAAAGAUUCUGUUUUAUCUAACUGUUUAAUUGAUUUUAAUGAUUAGACUAUAAAUAAAAGUAUAUUUAAAUAUGAUUAAAGUGGAAAUAAAUUUGAGAUUCUUAAUUCUACCAGAAACGAUGCAAAUAUAAGCGCUUUAGAAAUUUUAUAGGCAUAAGAAACAAGCAUAAAUAAGACAGAGGUUAAUAUAAAUAUUGAAUUAAUAAAAGGAGAAAAUCAAUUUUCAAAUAUCUUUAAAAUAAGUGUCUGUGAUAAGGGUUAAGGAAUGAGCAAUUCAAGCAUAAUUCAAAUAUUAGAGAUUAUAGCAAAUAAAAACUCUGUAUUCAACUCUGAUUAUUAGAAUUAUAAUUUUAUAGGGUGGAAAGUCAAUCAUCAAAUAAUUGGAAAAAUGGGUCCUUUUUACAGUUUUUAUGUGAAAAGUGAAAAAAAUUAAGGAUUGGAAUAUCAUUUCUAUAUAUUUUAGGAUAUUGAUAUACUAAAUUAGACAUAACUCAACUCCGAAGUAAAAUUAUUUGAGAAUAACUAGUUUUAAGAAUACAUCUUAGACUCUAAUCAAAAUUAUUAUCAUGUUAACAACAUUGAAUUUCUCAGAGAAAAUAUAAAAUAAACUAAAAAAAAUUCAAAAAUACGCAUGAAGAAUAACUCUACUCUCAACAAUCAAUAUAUGUAUUAGUAAACAAAAUUAGCAUCAAACUAAUUUGUAAGAUAGCUCAGAACUAGUAGCGUUAAUAAAUAGAUAGAAAUUCACAAAUUUAACAACACCACAUCAAAUUCCAAUUGCAUAGAAGAAUCUGAAUGCUCACUAAGUUAAAAUAAUAUUAAAAAAAUUAAUUCUAAUUAAAUUUUAACCGUUUAGUCAGCUCUAAAAAUUAACUAAGAAAAAUUCCAGGGUUUUCAAAAAUAUUUUUAAGAUCAAGAUUAGGAUUUUUGA